CUGGUGAUCUGCUUCCAAAAGGUCACAGCCUUGAAAACCCUAUGGAGCAAUUCUGCUUUGCACACGUAGGAUCGCCACGAGUUGGAAUUGACUCAGUGAUAACUAACAACAACAAGUGAUGAAGAUAGUAUCAUAUAGCAAUUUGAGGGAGGGAAGAAAAUUUUUGGAAAGCAAGUAAAUUUGGUAGUAGGCAAGUUGAUUUUGAAUUGAGGCAGAGCAUCUAAAGGGGAGUGUUUUAGGCAUUUAAUGAUGCAUAAAUGUAUAGUCGAUGUCUCACCACAAAAGAGAUGGCAUAAUUUAAGAAAUGUUUUAAUAAAGGGCUAGUUACAAACGUGUACAGGGUGUAGCAAUAGCAGAGCUGUUUCUGCCCUUUGGUCCAAGGGCCAAGGGCAGGGAGUGGUUACUAGAACCCAGAAGGAGAGAGACCAGGAGAGAGUGUCACCUUGGGAGAAUCUGAGACCUUGGAUCAAAGGACACAGCUGGCUAGAAGGCAGUGCCACAGGGAAGGAGCCAGGCAAUAAAUCCCUCGAUCUCAUUCUCCUCCCUCCCUCUGAUCUCCUGCCAGGGUGCUCCAUUGGUCAAACCCAAUCUGAAGCCAUGGUAGCCCAGUUGAUGAAGUUAGUCAGCCUUAUGGUAUAGAGAACUAGGUGAAGAGUGAAGAAUAGAGUGGGGGUGGUGGUGCAUAGCAAAUGGAAGAUAUCUAGUACAACUGAAGCAUAGUUUAAAAAAAAAAAAAGGCCAGGGAAAUACCUAUUUGGGAAUGAUCCUUAUGUGAAGCCAGCAUGGAAAUAAAUGAAAUUUCCAAGGGUGAAAUAUUUAUGUGAUAGAGAACAAAGGGCACAGUAAUUAAUCUUAGGGAAUGCUUACAUUUUGAGAAACAGGAAGAAGAGCCAAAGUGUGGCCACGUAGGAUAGAAAAUCCUGGGUGACUAUUUCUGAGCUUAAUGUAUAUGUAUUUUUUAGCCUUUUAAGUAGCUCUCUUUAGUAGGAAAGGAAAGAAUAUUGACUUGGGUUAGUUAGUCUUGGUUUCAGAUUUCCCCUUUACCUCUUACUUGGCAGUAUUUAACCUUUCAGAGUUCCAGUUUUACUGUCCUAAAAUAGGAAUAUAGGGUUGUAAGGAUUGCAUAAAUAAAUAUAUAAAGCCCCUAGCACAAUGCUUGGGACACAAAACAUGUUCCGUAACUGUUCCCUUAACUUCAUUAGCGCAUUCCCUUGUUACUUCAAAUAUGGACAGGUGUUUUAUACAUCAAAAUAGAAAAUGUAAGUUUGUUGACUUCUCUAUUGUAUUUUAUUUCCUCCUUUAAAACAGUGGUUUAUACUUUUAGUGUAUACUUUUCUUUAUCAUUUUUUCCGUUAAUAUACUAUGCUCUGGCAUCUACACUUACUCUCUCGAAGCUGUUUGUUUAUCAGGUUUCAAAGGCUCUUCUGCCAAUUUCAGUGACCUGCAGAAUCAUCCAGAAGUACAUCCUCCAUAAUCUCACCUUCUUAUCUGUUGAAACACUGUAUUCCCCUAGCUGUUUUCUUUCUGCCCCUUGCAUGGUCUGUGCUAUUUAUGCUUCUGAGCUUUUGCUCAAAUACUGUUCCCCCUAUCUGGAUUGGGUUCAGGUAUUAUCCUUUCUUUAAGGUCCAACUCCAGGAAACUUUCUACAGUGAUUGGGCCUACAUUGAAAACUCCCUUCUCUGAUCUUGUUAUACAAUCUGGGUUCAGGCACCUGAGCAUUUAAUCUCUUACACCGUUCUUGUGUGUACGCUCCUUUUGUUUUCCCAAUGAGAGAACAUCAUAUUUUCUUUUGUUCAGUAUAGCGUGGAGCACAUCGUAGUUGAUUAGGAAAUAAAAACUGAAACAAACUGACUUAGUAUUUCAGUAUAAUCAAGAACCAUUUAUGUGUAUAUUUUCAACAACAAAAAAUACAAUGAAAUAUUCUUUUUUAAAUCACAAAAAACCUGAAAAUAUAUUUAUUUUUGAUUAUAUGCUAUCCAUAUAUUCAAUAUGUUAGGGUUAUAUAAAAUAUAAAAAGGUAGUCAUCCAAAAAUAUAGUCAUCCAAAAUAUAUCAAAGUCAUAAGGUUGUUAUACUUAGAGUAACUUUGUUUUAAAAUCACAAUAGGUUUUAAUCAUUUUGCUUAUGCUUAAAAUUUGAUUUUUUUCCUUAUAAAGAAAGCAAUAUAUGCUCAUUGGAAAAAUUGGGAGGUAUUGCAGAAAAUAAACAAACAGUAGAAAUCACCUGUAAUCUUACCAGCAAGGAGACAGUAACUGCUGCUUUUUUACAUUUCAUUCCAGUUUUUUUUUAAAUGUACAUUUUAAGCAUAAUUAACAUCCUGUUAUAUAAUACAAGUAAGCUUUACUAAUAAACACUGGCUGCAGAGUGUUCAGUAGCUUCUUUUUUCUUCUGAUCAUUGGGGGCAGGUCUUUGCUUCUUAACCAAGUAUCAAAAUAUAAAAAGUUGCUCUUAUUAGUUACAGUAAUUAUCAAGAAAACUUGGAAAACUUUUUUAGUGAUAGAAAAAAUUGUGUUUAAAGAUUAGUUGAAAACACAGAUGAAUGAUAAGAAUUUUUAUAUAAUUCAACAAGAAAGCAAUGCUUUUUUUUUAACUGAAUGAAAGUUUAGGUUUUUAAAAAUGCAGUUUAAAAACAAAACCAGAUUUCUCUCUUAAAAAAUAAAAUAAGGAGCCAGAUUUCUUUUUUGAAGGAUCUCAGGACUAAUUUGACUUCAUGAUGAGCUGUGAUAACUUUUCUAUUUGUUGUACCGUCAGAAAUCCUCCCUGUGGCACAAAAGGACUCUUUUAAUUAGAAAAUAUUGUUGCCACAGGGAGGUAGAAGAUCGACAUGAAAAACUGGGGAUCUGAAAAGGAGCCCCUAUCCUAGGAUUACCUGAAGGUGAAACAGAUUGAGCCAGAAGGAAGACUAUGCUGUGGAAGCAUCAGUUCACAGCAGUAAUGCACACUGUACAGAUAAGACAAUUGAAGCUGCUGAAGCCCUGCUUCAUAUGGAAUCUCCUACCUGCUUGAGGGAUUCAAGAAGUCCUGUGGAAGUGUUUGUCCCUCCUUGUGUAUCAACUCCAGAAUUUAUCCAUGCUGCUAUGAGGCCAGAUGUCAUUACAGAAACUGUAGUGGAGGUGUCAACUGAAGAGUCUGAACCAAUGGAUACCUCUCCUAUUCCUACAUCACCAGAUAGCCAUGAACCAAUGAAAAAGAAAAAAGUUGGCCGUAAACCAAAGACCCAGCAGUCGCCAAUUUCCAAUGGGUCUCCCGAGUUAGGUAUAAAGAAGAAACCCAGAGAAGGAAAAGGAAACACAACCUAUUUAUGGGAGUUUCUUUUGGAUCUACUUCAAGAUAAAAAUACUUGUCCUCGGUAUAUUAAGUGGACUCAGAGAGAGAAAGGCAUAUUCAAGCUCGUGGAUUCAAAGGCUGUCUCUAAGCUUUGGGGAAAGCAUAAGAACAAACCAGACAUGAACUAUGAAACCAUGGGACGAGCUUUGAGAUACUACUACCAAAGGGGAAUUCUUGCAAAGGUUGAAGGACAGCGGCUUGUAUAUCAGUUCAAGGAUAUGCCCAAGAACAUCGUGGUCAUAGAUGAUGACAAAAGUGAAGCCUGUAAUGAAGAUUUAACAGCAGCUACUGAUGAAAAAUCAAUAGAGCGAGUGUCACUAUCUGCAGAAAGUCUCCUGAAAGCGGCAACCUCUGUUCGUGGUGGAAAAAAUUCAUCUCCUCUAAACUGCUCCAGAGCAGAGAAGGGUGUAGCUCGAGUUGUGAAUAUCAGUUCCCCAGGUCAUGACGCUUCAUCCAGGUCUCCUACUACCACAGCAUCUGUACCAGCAACAGCAGCUCCAAGGACAGUUCGUGUGGCAAUGCAAGUACCUGUUGUAAUGACAUCGUUGGGUCAGAAAAUUUCCACUGUGGCAGUCCAGUCAGUUAAUGCAGGUGCACCAUUGAUAACCAGCACUAGUCCAACAACAGCAGCCUCUCCAAAGGUGGUCAUUCAGACAAUCCCUACUGUGAUGCCAGCUUCCACUGAAAAUGGAGACAAAAUCACCAUGCAGCCUGCCAAAAUUAUCACCAUCCCAGCUACCCAACUUGCACAGUGUCAGCUGCAGACAAAGUCAAGUCUUACUGGGUCAGGGAGCAUUAACAUUGUUGGAACCCCAUUGGCUGUGAGAGCACUUACGCCUGUUUCCUUAGCUCAUGGUACACCUGUAAUGAGACUAUCAGUGCCUGCUCAGCAGGCGUCUGGCCAGACUCCUCCCCGAGUUAUCAGUGCCGUCAUAAAAGGGCCAGAGGUUAAAUCAGAAGCAGUGGCAAAAAAGCAGGAACAUGAUGUGAAAACAUUGCAGCUGGUACAAGACGAAAAGCCGGCAGAUGGAAAUAAGACAGUGACCCACGUAGUGGUUGUCAGUGCGCCUUCCGCUAUUGCCCUUCCCGUGACUAUGAAAACGGAAGGACUAGUGACAUGUGAGAAAUAAAAUAGCAGCUCUGCCACAGACUGUUGGUGAUUGGUUAAACAGUGCUGACAUAAAUAUUUGCAAGGAGAUCAUCAAGAAAAGUCAAAAGAAGACUUUAAAACAUUUUUAAUGCAUAUAAAAACAAUCAGACUUACUGGAAAUAAAUUACCUAUCCCAUGUUUCAGUGGGAAAUGAACUACAUACUGAGAUGCUGACAGAAAACUGCCUCUUACUAUAGGAAACAACUGAAUCCGUCAACAAGAAAAAGGACUGAAAGGGACCAAGCAGCUCACUACAAUAUCAAGUUACACUAAGACUUGGAACACUAAAAUUCUGUAAGAGGUUACGUAGUUUUCAGUGGGGAGGGGUUGGGAUGGGUGAUCUCAUUGUUACAUAGAGCAAUUUUUGAUGCAUUUUAUAUGCAUACCAGCAAUUAUUACUGUGUUCGCACAGUACUCACUUAACUGGUGCUAUGUGAAGACUCUGCUAAUAUAGGUAUUUUAGAAUGUGAAUUGAAGGAUGGAUCCAAAAGCUUCAGAAAGAGGAUAGCAAAAAAGAUCUAGUGUGAUUUUUUUUUAUAUCAUAUAGCUUAAGCUGAUUUAAAACAAAGGCCUUAGACUAAUUUUCGGUUUUCUUUCAUGAAAUAAGCUAAUGGCUUGUUUGUGUAAAGCUUUUUUAUUAAAAGAAAAAAUUUUAAAAAUCUUGUACCUAGCACAGUAUUGUUAUAGAAUUUACAUGUAACAUUUUUAUAUGGUAGUUUAAGUCUGUCAUUUUCUUAAUUGUGGACAAAUUAACAGUUGGCUCUGGCCUUUUGCUGUAACAUGCCUGUGUCACUCACUUAGCCCUGGCAUCUGUGCAGACAUAUCAGUUUCUGUUCUUCUGUCACUUGGAAGUUCAGGCUCAGCAUGAAUUUUUGUCAGGUAGCUCUCAAACCUGGAGUUUUCUUUCUUUCUUUUUUUUUUUUUUAGUUGAAGUUUAAGAGGGAAAG